GCGGCGUUCACGUGUCCUCCAGCCCCGUAGCUACUACCUCCGUUCCAGCUCCGACCUGAUGUGUUGCGUUGCUACAAGAAAAGAAAACCCGCAACCACCGAGUGCUGCUGCCCGCUCAGCCAGCUCCAAUCAACUCGCCGGCCGGCCGGCGAUCCCCAUGGGAGGAGGGGCCUAGCUUUCCUCGGAUUCUUGUGUGCCCUGCAUGGUGCGGCUCCUUGGGAGGUGAGAACCUACGGAGGCAUGGCAUUGGAGGCCGUGGUGCUGUCCCAGUCCCAGCAGCAAGGCAGCAGUCGUCGCUUCGGGUGUGGCGCCAUGGCAGGAGGGCCUUCGAAUGGCCUGUUUGGGGGAGCGGAGGGGGCGCUGGAGUUGAGUGGCGCUGGCCUUGGCAGCUGGGACGCGCCCGCGUGCUCGUCGUCGAUGCUGCUGCGCGAGUUCCAGGAGCCGGCCGGUAACAUCCCGGCCGCCGCCGUGCCGCCGGUGGAGUCCGGGGUAAGCGUUGGUCAGGAGGAGGCCACGGCGGUGGCGCCCGUGGCGAGGAGGAAGCGACGAAGGAUGAGGACGGUGAAGAACAAGGAGGAGGUGGAGAGCCAGCGGAUGACCCACAUUGCCGUCGAGCGCAACCGGCGCAAGCAGAUGAACGAGUACCUCGCCGUGCUCCGCUCCCUCAUGCCGCCCGCCUACGCGCAACGGGGCGACCAGGCGUCCAUCGUCGGCGGCGCGAUCAACUUCGUCAAGGAGCUGGAGCAGCUGCUCCAGUCCCUGGAGGCGCGGAGGCAGCGUUCCGCGCAGCGCCCUGGCACCGGCGUCGGCGGCGACGACGCGGCGCCGUUCGCGGGCUUCUUCACCUUCCCGCAGUACUCGAUGCGCGCCGCCGCGGCGCCGGAGCACGCAACCGCCGACGCUACAACCCACCGCGACGGCGGCGCGGAGGCCGAGGACGCGUCCGGGUCGAAGCCGUCGGCGGUGGCGGACGUGGAGGCGACCAUGGUGGAGAGCCACGCCAACCUGCGGGUGCUGUCCCGGCGGCGGCCGAGGCAGCUGCUGCGGCUGGUGGUGGGGCUGCAGGGCCACCGCCUCACCGUGCUCCACCUCAACAUGAGCAGCGCCGGCCAGAUGGUGCUCUACUCGUUCAGCCUCAAGGUAGAGGACGACUGCCAGCUUACCUCUGUGGAUGAGAUUGCAGCGGCAACUCAUCAGAUCGUCGAGAUGAUCCACCAAGAGCAGGGCUGCAGCUUAGAGCAGCAUCAAGCAUGAAUCCAGGCACGCAACUUUUUUUUAG